AUGAUGUCUAUAAGGCAGAUUUUAUGUCACCUCUGCUUCUUUGUUUAUUUCUCCGACGGAUUUCAAGAUAGCAAAGAUAACCUGCUGUUUAAUUUACAGAAGAAACUACUGGCAAAUUAUAGUAAAUCUAUCAUACCAGGCGAGCGUAAGGACAGUAAAAAUACUAUCCGAAUUAAAUACUUUCUUCGAUCAGUGAAUGACUUUAAUGAAGUGUCCGGUCAUCUCCAGACCACUGGUGUCUUAGGAAUUGUCUGGAGAGAUGAACGUCUAAAGUGGGAUUAUGACCACUAUCCUGUGCGAUCAGUUACAUUCUCUAUAAAUGAUGUUUGGAUUCCGAACGUUAUCAUAGCCAACCCUGUGCAAGAGUUUAUGUUGUUGCACUCCAAAUCUAACACGGAGAUUAUACGCCUAAAACACAAUGGUGUUAUACAACUGUUCACGGGCGGUGUCCUUGCAACUUCCUGUACACCAAAUGUACGAUUUUUUCCGUUCGAUAGUCAUAGGUGUGAAAUUGUGUUUACUCUUUUAGAACUAUUUCAUUCCUUACACGUGCUUGACCUCACGUACUUGGAGGAAAGUAAGGCCAUGGAUAUUGUAGAGGAAAAUGCAAAAUGGAAAAUUACUCAACAUCGUCCUUAUGUGUCAAGCUUUGGUGAUACGUCCUUCGUGUAUGUUGCCUUUCCUCUUACUCUCGAAAGAAAACCGAUGUUUUUUCUCAUCACUAUCAUCGCUCCUGUCGUCGUUCUCAGCAUCUUAAACGUCUGUGUGUUCUUCAUCCCAGCUCAGGCUGGUGAACGUAUAUCAUUUGCUGUCAGUUCAUUAUUGUCAUUUGCAGUCUACAUGACGAUUCUUUCGUCAGAAAUUCCAGACAACUCCGAUCCGGUUCCCAUUCUCAGUUACCUGUUGAUGGUGAAAUUUGGUGUGAGUGCAGCGGUAGCCAUUCUGACAGUAUUUGUCGUACAUAUAUUUCAUCGUGAUGAUAAUCAACCUAUACCUAAGAAAUACCGCAGAAUAGUCGGUGUAUUAUGCCGAUUUCGUAAGAAAAAAUCCAGAAAGAACAGAUGGCCUACAAAUCACGCCAGUGCAACUCCACUAGUGGAUAGAAACGGCAUAUCUGACGCCAUGUUUACACAGGAAACGGCGUUCGGCACGAAAGACUUAUCUCCGUCCGGUGACGUCAGCAUCCAUGACCAUUUUUCGACUCAAGGCCACCAGACAAACGGCGACUUUAAAGAUAACGAUAAUCAAGGGGAACCAACAGACGAUGAUCUAACGUGGCAGCACGUCUCCAGGGCUGUGGACAAGAUCGUUUUUUGGAUAGUGUUUUCGUUUAACAUGCUUGAAAUCAUUGUAUGGUUAGUGGUCACGGGUAUUCAGUACUACAUGGAUCAUUUUGAAUGA